CGUUUCCCUGGCGACGGGCCCGGGCCCAGGCCAAGGCCUCGCUGCUGGGCCUCUCCUGCGGGACAUGUACGAAUGGAUCCGCGGCAACAUCGCUUCUUUCCUAUCCGGCGCGUCGGCAACUCCGCAUGCCAGUGUUCCUAGCCGGAGCAGCGGGGUCCCCGUCAAGCGCAGCUAUCAGAGUGUCCAGACUUCUAAUGAUGAAAUUGAAUGGAUAUCAGUAAAAAGGCAAAGGCUGGGUGAAUUUGUGAACACAGUUAAGAAGUCUGUAUCUGAGUUUGUCACCUAUGUAAGGUCAGUGGCACCAUUUGGUCACAAGGUCAUGCAAGUGGACUCCAAAUCCACCAAACAGAAGAAGCCAGACCAACCAGUGAAACAGAUUCUUUCCUCCUCCCUGACUGACAUUUCUUAUUGCGGUGCUGGUGAAUCUUUACCAAGAACAGAUUUAAAUUUAGAUGUUGACCACAAAUCGAAGAGAAGGCAUUGUGGAAAUGAAAGGAAUUGGCAUGAAUUUGGCAAUAUAAAACAGAGAUCACUCAGUGAGCUUCCAGGAGAAACCAGCGAGCAGCUGCCUAUGCCUCUAAAGCACCAUAGCCUUCCAUCAACACCAUCACCACUCAAGAAAAAUGUUAGAAGCCACCACUGUACUAACAUAGAGAAGAAUGAGAAGGAACGGUAUCAACUCCUGUUACGACUGGUAGCUGCAGGAUUAGACAAAAAAUGUAAACAGCAACCUUCAGUGUCUGCAUCCAAACCGGCACAAUGUGUUUGUUCUCAUCCCAGCCAGUAUCGUCAUACAAAGGCUGAAUCUAACGAUGGACUUAAUGACUGUGAAAACAAUCAGAUAGCACUGCCAACAUUAAAACUGGGUUCAUCCAUAUGGAAGAACUCUAAUACUGCCAAAUCAACAUUAGUGAAUGCCAAUGUAAGGUACAAGCAGGUCAGCUAUGAUGAUCAGUCAGAAGUCUUACAGACCACCAGAAGUAAUCCAAGUGCCAGAAUGAAGGGACGACUAACGGAGCAGCAUAUAGAGCGUGACCUAUCAGAUGAAGUAGCAGCGCGAUUGUACCUGGAUGAGGGAAAUGCACCAGAAUCUGUCAAAAUGCCACCCUCUCAAAAUGUGAAGGAAAAUCUAAGCAUCUUAAGUAAAGAACGAAGAGCAGAUCUUCCCCAGUUCACUGAGAGAAUGGUAGAGGAGGUAAGAAAGGCGCUUGACCCUGGAGAACCUGAUGAAGUACUUAGCACUGGGUUUAAACUGAGGAUAACACGAAGGGACAUUGGCACUUUACGGAAUUACAGCUGGCUAAAUGAUGAGAUUAUUAACUUCUACAUGUGUCUACUUAUGGAAAGGAGUAAAGAUGCCUCUUUGCCCAAAGUUUACGCAUUUAGUACUUUCUUCUAUCUGAAAUUGCAUACUGGAGGUUACCAAACAGUAAAGCAAUGGACAAAGGGUAUCGAUUUAUUUGAAAAGGACCUUAUACUGGUACCAGUCCAUUUAGGUGUACACUGGUGUUUGACGGUAGCAGAUUUAAGAAAGAAGACAAUCCUUCACCUUGAUUCCAUGGGCCAGUGGAAUGAUGAUUUGUGCAGGAUACUGUUGCGAUACUUACAGGAAGAAAGCAAAAAUAAGAAAGGCCGACAUUUGGAUUCCUCCAAGUGGGUUCUCCGCAGCAUGAGAUCUCAUGAAGUUCCACAGCAAAUGAAUGGAAGUGAUUGUGGGGUAUUUGUAUGUAAAUAUGCUGAUUAUAUUGCAAGGGAUGAGCAGAUUACCUUCACCCAGCAUGACAUUCCUUACUUUAGAAUGAAAAUGGUUUGGGAGAUUCUGCACAAAAGAAUGCUGUGAUGUCCAGCUGUUGGUCAAGUCAAUGCGAAAGAAAAGGUGGCUUCAGGCCUUUUAAUGGAUGGAAAUGUGCUAAAUGCUGGAUUCUUGCUGAAGCCUGAACCUGCCUCUAGGUUUUUGAAUGAGGAUUGCACCAGAUGCUGUUUGCAACGGUGAUCACUCACCCUUCAUCAAGCUUGCGAGUAUUUGAUUAUACUAUGGCAGAUAACAAGAGUAAGGUAACUAGGAAUAAACAGAACGUCCAGUUCAAUCAUCCUUCUUUGAAAAACCAAAGCUGACUUGUGGCAAAAAAGGUGCUGUUCAGUAAUGUAUUUAAAUAUGUGUAUUUCAACAACAAACCUAACAGCAAUAAGAUCUUCAGGAAAGCAGUAGGAAUCUUUCUUGUCGUCUUGCACUUCCAAAACUCUGUGUAAGUUGUAAUACCUGCCACUUAAUACAGAACAAGAAAGACUUUGCUGGGGUAAUGGGAGUGUGUGUUAGUCUUUUCACUAAGAUUGACUGGUGUUGUUGACAAUACAUUCUUUCUUCUACUACAGCCACAUCCAGUGGAAAUGAAUGGAUUGAUAAUUCCUUUGGAUACUGUCCACUCUUCUAAUGUUAAGUGUGUUCAAAUCUAUAUUUAUGACUUAUCACAUU